CUGGUCAGAGCUCAGAGCCAGACCAAACACGCGACCGACGCACGGUCGAAACACAGACAGCGACCGAGCACAAGGAAAGCCAACCGUCGACACUCGGAGCGGCGCGGCGAGGCGAUCUGGUGGUGAUGGCCCGGUCGGAGACGGCGGCGGUGGACCCGCGGAGCGGCUACUGCGCCGCCACGCGCGCGUUCCGGAGCAAGCGCGCCGACGUGCCGCUCCCGGACGACCCGGACCUCGACGUCGUCACCUUCCUCGCCACCCGCCGCCACUCGGGCGUCGUCGCGCUCGUCGACGCCGCCACGGGCCGCAGGACCACCUUCGCCGAGCUCUGGCGCGCGGUGGCCGGGGCCGCCACCGCGCUCGCCGCGCCGCCCUUCUCCCUCCGCAAGGGCCACGUCGCGCUCAUCCUCUCCCCCAACUCCGUCCACUUCCCCGUCGCGGCGCUCGCCGCCAUGUCCCUCGGCGCCGUCGUCACCACCGCCAACCCGCUCAACACCGCCGCCGAGAUCGCCAAGCAGGUCGCCGACGCUUGCCCCGUGCUCGCCUUCACCACCCGCGACCUCCUCCCCAAGCUCCCCCUCGCAGCCCACGCCAACCUCAAAAUCAUCCUCCUCGAACCCGCCCACAACCACCACCUCCCCACCACCACCGACCCACGAAUCAUCGCCACCAUCGACGAGAUCUCCGCCACCACGCCCAACCCAUCCCGCCGCCGCGACCGCGUCACGCAGGACGACCAGGCCACGCUGCUCUACUCGUCCGGCACCACGGGGCCCAGCAAGGGCGUGGUGGCCACGCACCGGAGCCUCAUCGCCAUGGUGCAGAUCGUCAUGACCCGCUUCCGCCUCGACGACUCGGCGGGCGCCACGGAGACGUUCCUCUGCACGGUGCCCAUGUUCCACGUCUACGGCCUCGUCGCCUUCGCCACGGGGCUGCUCGGCUGCGGCGCCACCGUCGUCGUGCUCUCCAAGUUCGAGCUGCCCGAGAUGCUGCGCUGCAUCACCGCCUACGGGGUCACCUACCUGCCGCUCGUGCCGCCCAUCCUCGUCGCCAUGGUCGCGCACCCCAAACCUCUGCCCCUCGGCCAGCUCCGCAAGGUGCUCUCCGGCGGCGCGCCGCUCAGCAAGGAGCUCAUCGAGGGGUUCAGGGACAAGUACCCGCGGGUGGAGAUCCUGCAGGGGUACGGCCUCACGGAAAGCACGGCCAUCGGCGCGUCCACGGACUCCGCCGAGGAGAGCCGACGGUACGGCACGGCCGGCCUCCUCUCGCCCAACACCGAGGCCAAGAUCGUCGACCCGGACUCCGGCGAGGCGCUGCCGGUCAACCGCACCGGCGAGCUAUGGAUCAGGGGACCAUACGUCAUGAAAGGCUACUUUAAGAACACAGAGGCAACACAGUCGACAGUGACACCUGAUGGAUGGCUCAAGACUGGUGAUCUCUGCUAUAUAGACGAGGAUGGUUAUCUCUUCGUGGUGGAUCGUCUGAAAGAGUUGAUCAAGUACAAAGGCUAUCAGGUGCCUCCAGCAGAGUUGGAAGCUCUUCUGCUGACACAUCCAGAUGUUACUGAUGUCGCCGUUAUCCCAUUCCCGGACAGGGAGGUCGGACAGUUCCCGAUGGCCUAUGUGGUGAGGAAGAAAGGGAGUAACUUGUCAGCGGCCGAGGUGAUGGAGUUUGUGGCGAAACAGGUAGCACCUUACAAGAAGGUCAGGAAGGUGGCGUUUGUGACAGACAUCCCCAAGAAUGCUUCCGGCAAGAUACUGAGGAAAGAUCUUAUCAAGCUCGCGACAUCCAAGCUCUGAAAUGCCAACGUGAUUCAUCUUUUGCCCUCUGG